CUGCCCUACGGACAGAGAGAGAGAGGGGGAAUACCGAAACCCAGAUAGCUAUGGCCAUGUCGUUGAUGCAGGCCUGCCGUAGUUUAGCCCUGUCUACAUGGCUCCUGUCGUUUUGUUUCGUUCACCUCCUCUGUUUGGACUUCACCGUGGCCGAGAGAGAGGAAUGGUACACAGCCUUCGUCAACAUCACCUACGUAGACCCGGUUACCUCCGAAGUCCGGACGGAGAAAACUGAAUGCGGCCGAUACGGGGAACACUCGCUAAAACGGGAAGCAAAAGGAGUCGUGGUGCUUCCUUCUCUCUCCCGGGACAGACAAGCCUGUGAUCCCGGUACUCGGUUCGCGGUUCCGGUCCAGGGCAGUGCGUGGAUAGCCCUGAUAGCCAGGGGAAACUGCACCUAUAAAGACAAGAUAAGACACGCGGCGAGCCAAAACGCCACGGCCAUCGUCAUAUUCAACGUUGGAUCCAGCAACUCCAAUGAUACUAUCACAAUGCCACAUUCAGGUAUUGUCUAGCCAGCCAGAUCGUCAUAUGAUUUAUCGGGUCACACAAGUGUGGAGUUGUUAUGCAUCGCUGAAUUGCUUGUUUAACGGCGAUCAUCCAGGGCGUGUGUGUUUAUGUAUGUGUGUAUGUAGCUAGCUAUGUGUAAAUAUGUCAAACCAUCCUAGAACCAGGAUCCAGACUGCCUGGAAUGGCCCCUGGCUGAGGAACCCAGUGACCUGGUGUGUGUCUGAGAGAGACCUGGAGCGUUUGAUCCUGAUUUCCAGAGAUAAUACUAACAGAUCUCUGAUUGUCAGUAUGCCAGUCAUAUAACUGUUCUUAGAAACGUGGGUGUAUUGACAUAUGCUAGCGACUUCGGCAAAGACGGGGGUCCUCUCCUUCUCCGAGGAAGGGGGGGGGGGGGGGGGGGGGGGGUCCUCUCCUUUCCUCCGGUGAGACUGUGUCUCCUCUCUCUGGUCAGUCUUCCACCUGAUUGCGAAACUCGUCAUGCCGUAUCCACAUCUGCCUCAUGCACAAAUUCAUGUUUCUACGAUCAGAGAGUGAAAUAUUCGUCGAUAUUAAAAGACACGGCGAGCUGCUAUUAAUAAUAAUAAUAAUAAAAAUACUAAAAUAAAUCUUGGUCGACCGAGAGUCGUCCUGUUUCUCUCGGACCAAUCGAUUGGUCGAAAUGUUUAAACUUUUCUUUUUCCAUAUAUAGACAGACACACCCCUGUGUGUUUGAAUAAAAUCUAACUCCGUAUGCACUGAGUUUGUCUGAUGCUUUAAGCACACUGUUUGAUUAAAUAAUUAAGAGCCCGAUGGUCACACUGUGUUUAAAAAAAUAAAUAAAAUGACAGCGAGUGCCUGUGUGACAGGCGCACGUUGUCUCGCUCUCCAAAAGGCACCACAGCAACGCUCUCCAAUAGGCACCACAGCAACGCUCUCCAAAAGGCACCACAGCAACGCUCUCCAAAAGGCACCACAGCAACGCUCUCCAAAAGGCACCACAGCAACGCUCUCCAAUAGGCACCACAGCAACGCUCUCCAAUAGGCACCACAGCAACGCUCUCCAAAAGGCACCACAGCAAAGCAAGUGAUUUAUUGCGCUGUCCUUGCUGAAGCUGCAACAUAAUUUCAGCCAUUUUAGUUUCAUAAUCACAUCGAUCAAUUGGUUAUAACAAACUCUGAACACCGUGACAUCAAAAAAAUGGAUGCAGAGGGCGUGAAAAAGAAACUGGAAAUGGGCGAAUGUUUACUGGUUGCUCAGGAGGGAAAGGGGAAGUCAGAUACUGUGGAAGACGUUUGACUUAGUUGUGGAAACUACUGGAGAUCAAGAAAAAGGAGGAUUAUAGGAGCAAGCGUUGUGAGUAUUAUGUGUGCCAAACAGUUGCUGUUAGAUUACAAUAUUAUAAUUUUUUCUGACCAUUUGAAACAGUGUUAACAACACUAAAUAAGUCUCUGUUCUAAUUUUAAAAAAAUAAUUUGGGUCAUGUAGUGUAUGUGAACACCUCGUCAAACAUCUCAUUCCAAAAUCCUGGGCAUUAAUAUGGAGUUGGUCCCCCCCUUUGCUGCUAUAACAGCCUCCACUCUUCUGGGAAGGCUUUCCACUAGAUGUUGGAACAUUGCACCUAAAUACUCUCAGACCAUGAGAAACAAGAUUCUCUGAUCUGAUGAAACCAAGAUUGAACUCUUUGGCCUGAAUGUCAAGCGUCACGUCUGGAGGAAACCUGGGACCAUCCCUACGGUGAAGCAUGGUGGUGGUGGCAGCAUCAUGCUGUUGGAUGUUUUUCAGCGGCAGGGACUGGGAGGCGAGUCAGGAUGGAGGGAAAGAUGAACGGAGCAAAGUACAGAGAGAUCCUUGAUGAUAACCUGCUCAGGACCUCAGACUGGGGCGAAGGUUCACCUUCCAACAGGACAACAACCCUAAGCACACAGCCAAGACAACACAGGAGUGGCUUCGGGACAAGUCUCUGAAUGUCCUUGAGUGGCCCAUCCAGAGCCCGGACUUGAACCCGAUCGAACAUCUCUGGAGAGACCUGAAAAUAGCUGUCCAGUGACGCUCCCCCUCCAACCUGACAGAGCUUGAGAGGAUCUGCAGAGAAGAACGGGAGAAACUCCCCAAAUACAGGUGUGCCAAGCUUGUAGCAGGUAGCUUAGUGGUUAAGAGCGUUGUGCCAGUAACCGAGAGGUCGCUGGUUCUAAUCCCCGAGCCGACUAGGUGAAAAAUCUGUCUGUGCCCUUGAGCAAGGCACUUAACCCUAAUUGCUGGUGUAAGUCGCUCUGGAUAAGAGCGUCUGCUAAAUGACUAAAAUGUAAAAUGUAAAUGUUAUAGCGCCAUACCCAAGAGGACUCGAGGCUGUAAUCGCUGCCAAAGGUGCUUCAACAAAGUACUGAGUAAAGGGUCUGAAUACUUACGUAAAUGUAAUAUUUCUAUAUAUAUAUAUAUAUUUUUUUUGCAAAAACAUAUAAAAACCUGUUUUUGCUUUGUCAUUAUGGUGUUUUGUGUGUAGUUUGAUGAGUAAAAAACCCCAAUAUAAUCAAUUUUAGAAUAAGGCUGUAACAUAAGAAAAUCUGGAAAAAAGUAAAGGGUUCUGAAUACUUUCCGAAUGUACUGUAUAGUGUAUGUAUGUCCAUCACACACACGCAUUCAUUCAGUCCAGUUUAUUAGGUACACCCAUCUAGUACAGAUUCGGACCCCUCUUUGCCUCCAGAACAGCAAGAAUUCUUUGGGGCAUGAAAUGUUGCUCAAUUGGUAUCUAGAGACCUAACGUGUGCCAGGAAAACAUUCCCCACACCAUUACACCACCGCCACCACCAGCCUGUACCGUUGACACCAGGCAUGAUGGGGCCAUGGACUCAUGCUGCAUACACCAAAAUCCUGACUCUGCCAUCAGCAUGACGCAACAGGAACCGGGUUUCGUCGGACCAGGCGAUGUUUUUCCACUCCUCAGUUGUCCAGUGGUGAUCACAUGCCCACUGGAGCCGCUUCUUCUUGUUUUUAGCUGAUAGGAGUGGAACCCGGUGUGGUCGUCUGCUGCAAUAGCCCGUCCGUGACAAGGACUGACGAGUUGUGCUUUCCGAGAUACCGUUCUGCACACCACUGUUGUUCUGCGUAGUUAUUUGUCUGUUUGUGGCCCGCCUGUUAGCUUGCACGAUUCUUGCCAUUCUCCUUCGACCUCUCAUCAACGAGCUGUUUACGCCCACAGGACUGCUGCUGACUGGAUGUUUUUUUGUUUGUCGCACCAUUCUCAGUAAACCCUAGACACUGUAGUACGUUUAAAAGUCCAGGAAGACGGACGUUUCUGAGAUACUGGAUACGGCGCGCAUGGCACCGACGAUCACACCAGGCUCAAAGUCUCUUAGGUCACUCGUUUAGCCCAUUCUAACCUUCAAUCCAACAGUAACUGAAUGCCUUGAUGCCUGUCUGCCUGCUUUAUAUAGCAAGCCACGGCCACGUGACUCACUGUCUGUAGGAGUGAUCCAUUUUCGUGAACGGGGAGGUGUACCUAAUAAACUGGCCACUGUAUGUGUGUAAACACACACACACACACACACACACACACACAGAAAGGCCUGUUAUCAGAGUGUGUUCUCUCUAUCUGGUCUGGGGAGCAAUAAAUAGCUGUGUGUGUGUGUGUGUGUGUGUGUGUGUGUUCAGCGAUAAGUGUUGAGUAGUCCAGGCCCCCAGGAAUACACCUGGAACAUUCCGUACGGCAUUCCUGACGUUCCGUAGUGGUGGAGUCAGGAAUUUCACAAUGGCCCCGUCGCACUCCUUAUUCCUGUCAAUAGAGAAAGUAAAGAGGUUUAUGUUAGGAUGGAACACUCAGGAGUUCUGUUUACAGUCCCAGUGUUCUUAGAAUCUAUGUGGAGGUUCUAAGAGUCAGGUCCCAGACAGUCACAUGGCUUCUUCUCCUGCCUAGGGAAGUCUCUCAAAUUCAAAUUCAAGCUGCUUUAUUGGCAUGAAAAACAUUUGCGUUAAUAUUGCCAAAGCAACAAUGUAUACAAUAUACAUUGUAAUAAAAUAAUAAAGAUAAAUAUCUCUCUCACUCUCUCUCUCUCACACGCACACACACACACACACACACACACACACACACACACACACACAGAGAGAGGCAGAGAGUCUGUUUUAUUUGUAUUCCUGUCCUAAAAUCUCCCCUCCCUCCCUCUCAGGUGUGGGUGACGUGGUCGCCAUCAUGAUCCCCGAGCCUAAAGGUCGUGAAGUCGCUGCUCUGCUAGAGCAGAACGUCACGGUAACCAUGCACAUCACCAUAGGAACGCGUAACCUCCAGAAGUACGUGAGCAGGACCUCGGUGGUGUUCGUCUCCAUCUCCUUCAUCAUCCUGAUGAUCAUCUCGCUGGCCUGGCUAGUCUUCUACUACAUACAGAGGUUUAGAUACGCCAACGCACGAGAUCGCAACCAGGUACACACACACACACACACACACACACACACACACACACACACACACACACAGGGCUGGCACAAUUACCGUAUAAUCGAUGGUUAUGGAUGAAGACCGUCAUGAAAAUAUAUAAUAACCGUCAUCACUGGAGAAACUAAAUGGAACUAACAGCUGCCUGAAGACGGGAUGGCCGGGCGUUUUUUGUUCAGUUGAGUCCGUUUCUGACUCUUUAACAACGACAUGAAUCUUUGUUGCUCCUUGUUUGAAACAAGCGAGGUGUUGUAGCGGAACGAGACUUCGGUUGCCUAGGCAACGCCCCCCCACAAUGCAGCAGCUCACGUAGAAUGAAUAGAACGGGCUUGGAAACCUCAAAUCCUGUCAAUUUGACUGGUGAACUCGUGAGUGCACUAGCAAUGGCUGCCUGGUAUUGUGAUGUAAUCAUUUCCAUGGUAAUGUAGAAUGUUCAUUCAAAAGAUGCUAAGCGAUGUGGCUCAUGCAAAGGAAUGUACAGUUGAAGUCGGAAGUUUACAUACACCUUAGCCAAAUGCAUUUAAACUCAGUUUUUCCACAAUUCCUGACAUUUAAUCCAAGUAAAAAUUCCCUGUUUUAGGUCAGUUAGGAUCACCACUUUUUAUUUUAAGAAUGUGAAAUGUCAGAAUAAUAGUAGAGAGAAUGAUUUAUUUCAGCUUUUUAUUUCUUUCAUCACAUUCCCAGUGGGUCAGAGAUUUACAUACACUCAAUUAGUAUUUGGUAGCAUUGCCUUUAAAUUGUUUAACUUGGGUCAAACGUUUCGGGUAGCCUUCCACAAGCUUCCCACAAUAAGUUGGGUGAAUUUUGGCCCAUUCCUCCAGACAGAGCUGGUGUAACUGAGUCAGGUUUGUAGGCUUCCUUGCUCGCACACGCUUUUUCAGUUCUGCCCACAAAUGUUGUAUAGGAUUGAGGUCAGGGCUUUGUGAUGGCCACUCCAAUACCUUGAUUUUGUUGUCCUUAAGCCAUUUUGCUACAAUUUUGGAAGUAUGCUUGGGGUCAUUGUCCAUUUGGAAGACCCAUUUGUGACCAAGCUUUAACUUCCUGACUGAUGUCUUGAGAUGUUGCUUCAAUAUAUCCACAUAAUUUUCCUUCCUCAUGAUGCCAUCUAUUUUGUGAAGUGCACCAGUCCCUCCCGCAGCAAAGCACCCCCACAGCAUGAUGCUGCCACCCCCAUGCUUCACGGUUGGGAUGGUGUUCUUCGGCUUGCAAGCCAACCCCCUUUUUCCUCCAAACAUAACGAUGGUCAUUAUGGCCAAACAGUUCUAUUUUUGUUUCAUCAGACCAGAGGACAUUUCUCCAAAAAGUACGAUCUUCGUCCCCAUGUGCAGUUGCAAACCAUAGUCUGGCUUUUUUAUGGCGGUUCUGGAGCAGUGGCUUCUUCCUUGCUGAGCGGCCUUUCAGGUUAUGUCGAUAUAGGACUCGUUUUACUGUGGAUAUAGAUACUUUUGUACCUGUUUCCUCCAGCAUCUUUACAAGAUCCUUUGCUGUUGUUCUGGGAUUGAUUUGCACUUUUCGCACCAAAGUACAUUCAUCUCUAGGAGACAGAACACAUCUCCUUCCUGAGCGGUAUGACGGCUGCGUGGUCCCAUGGUGUUUAUACUUGCGUACUAUUGUUUGUACAGAUGAACGUGUACCUUCAGGCGUUUAGAAAUUGCUCCCAAGGAUGAACCAGACUUGUGGAGGUCUACAAUUAUUUUUCUGAGGUCUUGGCUGAUUUCUUUUGAUUUUCCCAUGAUGUCAAGCAAAGAGGCACUGAGUUUGAAUGUAGGCCUUGAAAUACAUCCACAGGUACACAAUUUGUAAGUCGCUCUGAAUAAGUGAUGACGUAAAUGUACACCUCCAAUUGACUCAAAUUAUGUCAAUUAGCCUAUCAGAAGCUUCUAAAGCCAUGACAUCAUUUUCUGGAAUAUUCCAAGCUGUUUAAAAGCACAGUCAACUUAGUGUAUGUAAACUUCUGACCCACUGGAAUUGUGAUACAGUGAAUUAUAAGUGAAAUAAUCUCUCUGUAAACAAUUGUUGGAAAAAUGACUUGUGUCAUGCACAAAGUAGAUGUCCUAACCGACUUGCCAAAACUAUAGUUUGUUAACAAGACAUUUGUGGAGUGGUUUGAAAAACUAGUUUUAAUGACUCCAACCUAAGUGUAUGUAAACUUCCGACUGUAACGUCAGUUGAGUUGAAUCGACAAAUCACAACACAUAUUGAUAGGGUACACUUCCUGCUUUUACUUACUGCUUUGCUUCUAUGGUUACACUCGCAAUGGCCGCCAGUCCACCCGUUAUGCCGUCAUAGACUUGAAUGGGGACGCCGUUCUAUUCAUUCUAUAUAUUUAUGGCAGCACAUGCAGAGCGGAGGAGAGGGGAAAUGUGCGUAUUUUUUUGCUAUUCGAACGGGUAUAUUAUGUAGACAGUGGUCAUUUGGCUCCAAAAAUCCAACAUUCCAUGGCCGUCACAGCCCCACACACACACACACACACACACACACACACACACACACACACACGUUCAGAUACGCCCAUGCAUAAGACCACAUUCAGAUACUCACACACACUACUGAAAACGGGUACAGUUCAGUAACACAAGACCACAACUUGUUGCAGACAUGGCAUACAUUUCACUGUUUUUUGUUUAUAGAUUUUUAAGGACUAACCCCCCCCAUUGUCUCACGUCAGCUAGCGCGACGGCCUUCUGCGCUGAUCUCAAAUCAAAUCAAAUCAAAUCAAAUCAAAUUUUAUUGGUCACAUGCGCCGAAUACAACAGGUGCAGACAUUACAGUGAAAUGCUUACUUAUAGCCCUUAACCAACAGUGCAUUUAUUUUAAACAAAAAAGUAAGAAUAAAACAACAACAAAAAAGUGUUGAGAAAAAAAGAGCAGAAGUAAAAAAUAAAGUGACAGUAGGGAGGCUAUAUAUACAAUAGAAUAAAGUGACAGUAGGGAGGCUAUAUAUACAGGGGGGUACCGUUGCAUAGUCAAUGUGCGGGGGCACCGGCUAGUUGAGGUAAUAUGUACAUGUGGGUAGAGUUAAAGUGACUAUGCAUAAAUACUUAACAGAGUAGCAGCAGCGUAAAAGGGAUGGGGUGGGGGGGGCAGUGCAAAUAGUCCGGGUAGCCAUGAUUAGCUGUUCAGGAGUCUUAUGGCUUGGGGGUAGAAGCUGUUGAGAAGUCUUUUGGACCUAGACUUGGCACUCCGGGUACCGCUUGCCGUGCGGUAGCAGAGAGAACAGUCUAUGACUAGGGUGACUGGAGUCUUUGACAAUUUUGAGGGCCUUCCUCUGACACCCGCCUGGUAUAGAGGUCCUGGAUGGCAGGGAGCUUUGCCCCAGUGAUGUACUGGGCCGUACGCACUACCCUCUGUAGUGCCUUGCGGUCAGAGGCCAAGCAGUUGCCAUACCAGGCGGUGAUGCAACCAGUCAGGAUGCUCUCGAUGGUGCAGCUGUAGAAUUUUUUAAGGAUCUGAAGACCCAUGCCAAAUCUUUUUAGUCUCCUGAGGGGGAAUAGGCUUUGUCGUGCCCUCUUCACGACUGUCUUGGUGUGUUUGGACCAUGAUAGUUCGUUGGUGAUGUGGACACCAAGGAACUUGAAGCUCUCAACCUGUUCCACUACAGCCCCGUCGAUGAGAAUGGGGGCGUGCUCAGUCCUCUUUUUUUUCCUGUAGUCCACAAUCAUCUCCUUUGUCUUGGUCACGUUGAGGGAGAGGUUGUUGUCCUGGCACCACACGGCCAGAUCUCUGACCUCCUCCCUAUAGGCUGUCUCAUCGUUGUCGGUGAUCAGGCCUACCACUGUUGUGUCGUCGGCAAACUUAAUGAUGGUGUUGGAGUCGUGCCUGGCCAUGCAGUCAUGGGUGAACAGAGAGUACAGGAGGGGACUGAGCACGCACCCCUGAGGGGCCCCCGUGUUGAGGAUCAGUGUGGCAGAUGUGUUGUUACCUACCCUUACCACCUGGGGGCGGCCCGUCAGGAAGUCCAGGAUCCAGUUGCAGAGGGAGGUGUUUAGUCCCAGGAUCCUUAGCUUAGUGAUGAGCUUUGAGGGCACUAUGGUGUUGAAUGCUGAGCUGUAGUCAAUGAAUAGCAUUCUCACGUAGGUGUUCCUCUUGUCCAGGUGGGAAAGGGCAGUGUGGAGUGCGAUAGAGAUUGCAUCAUCUGUGGAUCUGUUGGGGCGGUAUGCAAAUUGGAGUGGGUCUAGGGUUUCUGGGAUUAUGCUGUUGAUGUGAGCCAUGACCAGUCUUUCAUCUGUCUGAUAACUCGCGAACACUCAUGGGAAUAGCUCAAAAGAUGAUCCAGCUACAAUAGGCUGUCCUAACAUUCAAAGAUGUUACCACGGUGACAUCGUCCACUGAAACCCCCUUUCAUCCUCAAUAGAGUCAGUUAACCUGACCCAAAACUAUAAACCUGUAGCUAAUAUUGACAUUUGUUUUUUAAUGAGCAAGUCUUCACUACCUAAUUCUACGUCUAGUUAAGGUGAUUUGUGGUUAUGACAUUCGAAAUGUGCAAAGUUUAUCUAGCUUAAACUCUCUACCUAGCUAGUGUCUGCUGGCUGGUUUAACCAGUCCUCAAAUCAAUCUAUAUGAAACGAAAGACAGGGAUGCGAACAACGCCAGUUCACGCGCACGCAAUGCUGAAUACUCCAUCUAGCUAGCUAACUAGUGUAGCGAAACGCUAGCUGACUGCUCUCUGUGAUGUCAUCACGUUGGCCAAAUGUUGCAAAGUGGCAAGGCACAGUCCCAGCUGUCAGUCCAGAUACAAUAAUACUAUAUAUUAUAUAUACAGUCCCAGCUGUCAGUCCAGAUACAAUAACUAUAUAUUAUAUAUACAGUCCCAGCUGUCAGUCCAGAUACAAUAAUACUAUAUAUUAUAUACAGUCCCAGCUGUCAGUCCAGAUACAAUAAUACUAUAUAUUAUAUACAGUCCCAACUGUCAGUCCAGAUACAAUAAUACUAUAUAUUAUAUACAGUCCCAGCUGUCAGUCCAGAUACAAUAAUACUAUAUAGUUUCAUAAAAAACGUCCCAGCUUCAGUCCAGAUAAAAUAAUACUAUAAUUAUAAAACAGUCCCAACUGUCAGUCCAGAUCAUAAUACUAUAUAUUUAAUAUACAGUCCCAGCUGUCAGUCCAGAUACAAUAAUACUAAAUUAUUUUACAGUCCCAAGCUGUCGUCCAAUACAAUAAUCUAUAUAUAUAUAUACAUCCCAGCUGCAGUCCAGAUACAAUUACUAUAUAUUAUAUAUCAGUCCCAGCUGGUCAGUCCAGAUACAAUAAUACUAUAUAUUAUAUAACAGUCCCAGCUGGCAGUCCAGAUACAAUAAUACUAUAUAUUAUAUAUACGUCCCCAGCUGUCAGUCCAGAUACAAUAAUACUAUAUAUUAUAUUACAGUCCCACUGUCAGUCCAGAUACAAUAACUAUAUAUUAAAGCAGUCCCAGCUGUCAGUCCAGAUACAAUAUACUAUAAGUAUAUAUACAGUCCCAGCUGUUCGUCCAGAUCAAUAAUACUAUUAUAAUAAUACAGUCCCAGCUGUCAGUCCAUGAUACAAUAAUAUAUAUAUAUAUACAGUCCCAGCUGUCAGUCCAGAUACAAUAAUACUAUAUUAUAAAAGUCCCAAAUGUCCGUUUUUUAAAAAGUCCGCUUCGUCCAGAUACAAUAAUACUAUAUUUUUAUAUCAGUCCCAGCUGUCAGUCCAGAUACAAUAAUACUAUAUAUUAUAUAUACAGUCCCAACUGUCAGUCCAGAUACAAUAAUACUAUAUAUUAUAUAUACAGUCCCAGCUGUCAGUCCAGAUACAAUAAUACUAUAUAUUAUAUAUACAGUCCCAACUGUCAGUCCAGAUACAAUAAUACUAUAUAUUAUAUACAGUCCCAGCUGUCAGUCCAGAUACAAUAAUACUAUAUAUUAUAUAUACAGUCCCAGCUGUCAAUCCAGAUACAAUAAUACUAUAUAUUAUAUAUACAGUCCCAGCUGUCAAUCCAGAUACAAUAAUAAUUAUAUAUACAGUCCCAGCUGUCAAUCCAGAUACAAUAAUACUAUAUAUUAUAUAUACAGUCCCAGCUGUCAGUCCAGAUACAAUAAUACUAUAUAUUAUAUAUACAGUCCCAGCUGUCAGUCCAGAUACAAUAAUACUAUAUAUUAUAUAUACAGUCCCAGCUGUCAAUCCAGAUACAAUAAUACUAUAUACAGUCCCAGCUGUCAGUCCAGAUACAGGGCCGUGAAAAUGUAUUUUCCCCCUUUCUGAUUUUCUCUAUUGUUGCAUAUUUUUUUAUACUGAAUGUUAUCAGAUCUUCAACCAAAACCUAAUAUUAGAUAAAGGGAACCUGAGUUUACAAAUAAAAAAAAAUGGAUACUUACUUAAUUAAUAAAGUUAUGCAAUGCCCAAUUCACCUACAGUGCAUUCGGAAAGUAUUCCGACCCCUUGACUUUUUCCACAUUUUGUUACGUUACAGCCUUAUUCUAAAAUUGAUUAAAUUGUUGUUUUUCCUCAUUAAUCUACACCCAAUACCCCAUAGUGACAAAACAAAAACAGCAUUUUUGAAAUGUUUGCAAAUGUAUUACAAAUAAAAAAAACUGAUAUCACAUUUACAUAAGUAUUCAGACCCUUUACUCAGUACUUUGUUGAAGCACCUUUGGCAGCGAUUACGGCCUCGAGUCUUCUUGGGUAUGACGCUACAAGCUUGGCACACCUGUAUUUGGGGAGUUACUCCCAUUAUUCUCUGCAGAUCCUCUCAAGCUCUGUCAGGUUGGAUGGGGAGUGUCGCUGCACAGCUAUUUUCAGGUCUCUCCAGAGAUGUUCGAUGGGGUUCAAGUCCAGGCUCUGGCUGGGCCACUCAAGGACAUUCAGAGACUUGUCCCGAAGCCAGUCCUGCGUUGUCUUGGCUGUUUGCUUAGGGUCGUUGUCCUGCUGGAAUGUGAACCUUCGCCCCAGUCUGAGGUCCUGAGCGCUCUGGAGCAGGUUUUCAUCAAGGAUCUCUCUGUACUUUGCUCUGUUCAUCUUUCCCUCGACCCUGCCUAGUCUCCCAGUCCCUGCCGCUGAAAGACAUCCCCACAGCAUGAUGCUGCCACCACCAUGCUUCACCGUAGGGAUGGUGCCAGGUUUCCUCCAGAUGUGACGCUUGGCAUUCAGGCCAAAGAGUUCAAUCUUGGUUUCAUCAGACCAGAGAAUCUUGUUUCUCAUGGUUUUGAGAGUCUUUAGGUGCCUUUUGGCAAACUCCAAGCGGGCUGUCAUGUGCCUUUUACUGAGGAGUGGUUUCCAUCUGGCCACUCUACCAUAAAGGCCUGAUUGGUGGAGUGCUGCAGAGAUGGUUGUCCUUCUGGAAGGUUCUCCCAUCUCCACAGAGGAACUCUGGAGCUCUGUCAGUGUGACCAUUGGAUUCUUGGUCACCUCCCUGACCAAGGCCCUUCUCCCUCGAUUGCUCAGCUCUAGGAAGAGUCUUGGUGGUUCCAAACUUCUUCCAUUUAAGAAUGAUGGAGGCCACUGUGUUCUUGGGGACCUUCAAUGCUGCAGACAUUUUUUGUUACCCUUCCCCAGAUCUGUGCCUCGACACAAUCCUGUCUCGGAGCUCUACGGACAAUUCCUUCAACCCCAUGGCUUGGUUUUUGCUCUGACAUGCACUGUCAACUGUUGGACCUUUUUAUAUAGACAGGUGUGUGCCUUUCCAAAUCAAGGUGGAUUCCAAGUUGCAGAAAAAUCUCAAGGAUGAUCAAUGGAAACAGGAUGCACUUGAACUCAAUUUCGAGUCUCAUAGCAAAGGGUCUGAAUACUUAUGUAAAUAAGGUAUUUCUGUUUUUGAUUUUUUUUAUAAAUUUGCAAACAUUUCUAAACCUGUUUUUGCUUUGUCAUUAUGGGGUAUUGUGUGUAGAUUGAUGAUUUAAUAUAUUUUUGAAUAAGGCGGUAAUGUAACAAAGUGUGGAAUAAGUCAAGGGGUCUGAAUACUUUCCCAAUGCACUGUAAUUGCCCCCUUACACUCAAUAACUGUUUGUGCAAUCUUUAGCUGCAAUAACUGCAACCAAAUGCUUCCUGUAGUUGUUGAUCAGUCUCUCACGUCGUUGUGGAGGAAUUUUGGCCCACUCUUCCAUGCAGAACUGCUUUAACUUAGCGACAUUUGUUGAAUUUUCAAGCAUGAACUGCUCCUUUCAAGUCCUGCCACAACAUCUCAAAUGGGAUUAGGUCUGGACUUUGACUAGGCAAUUCCAAAGCUUCAAAUGUGUUGCAUUUUAGCUAAUUUCAUGUGGACUUGAUUGUGUGUUUUGGAUCAUUGUCUUGCUGCAUGACCCAGCUGCGCUUCAGCUUCAGCUCACAGACGGAUGGUCUGACAUUCUCCUGUAGAAUUCUCUGAUACAGAACAGAAUUCAUGGUUCCUUCUAUUAAGGCAAGUCGUCCAGGUCCUGAGGCAGCAAAGUAUCCUCAAACCAUCACACCACCACCACCAUGCUUGACCUUUGGUAUGAUGUUCUUACUGUGGAAUGCAGAGUUUGGUUUUCACCAGGCAUAAUGGGACCCAUCUCGUCCAAAAAGUUGACUCAAGUUUACCAAAAAGCACCUGGAUGAUCAUCAAGACUCUUUGAAGAAUGUUCUACGGACAGAUGAGUCAAAAGUAUAACUUUUUGGACGACAUAGCGACUUGAGACUGAUCAACAGGAAGCGUUUGGUUGGAGUCAUUGCAGCUAAAGCUGAGUGUAAGGGGGCAAUUACUUUUUCAAAGGGGCAUUGUGUGUUGCAUAACUUUUGUUUAUGAAAUAAGUAUGUAAUUGUUGUGUUAUCUGUAAACUCAGGUUGCCAUUAUCUAAUAUUAGGUUUUGGUUGAAGAUCGGAUAACAUUCAGUAUCCAAAAUAUGCAAAAGUAGAGAAAAUUAGAAAAGGGGGCAAAUAUUUUAUCACGCCGCUGAUUUCUGAAAACAUUCCCAUAACGUUGGUGCCGUACAACUUCAUCAACAAGCUGGCAAACUAGCUAGCGUAUGGCCAUUCAAACUAGCUAGCGUAUGGCCAUUCAAACUAGCUAGCGUAUGGCCAUUCAAACUAGCUAGCGUAUGGCCACUCAAACUAGCUAGCGUAUGGCCAUUCAAACUAGCUAGCGUAUGGCCACUCAAACUAGCUAGCGUAUGGCCAUUCAAACUAGCUAGCGUAUGGCCAUUCAAACUAGCUAGCGUAUGGCCACUCAAACUAGCUAGCGUAUGGCCACUCAAACUAGCUAGCGUAUGGCCAUUCAAACUAGCUAGCGUAUGGCCAUUCAAACUAGCUAGCGUAUGGCCAUUCAAACUAGCUAGCGUAUGGCCAUUCAAACUACCUAGCGUAUGGCCAUUCAAACUAGCUAGCGUAUGGCCAUUCAAACUAGCUAGCGUAUGGCCAUUCAAACAAGCUAGCGUAUGGCCAUUCAAACAAGCUUGCACUAACCUGCUAUGGUUUGCCGUAGUAGCCAAUGCGUCAUAACUACCAGGAGCGGUGAUUUUUAGAAUUAGGAACUAGUGUUAGGCAUAUUAGCAAAAUCUGUUUUUUUUUAGGUGAGUUCCACGUCCUAAAAGACAGAUCGGUUGAGGGAUGAGCGUGGCUCAGGAGUGGCGCAAUCGAACGUUAGACAACGGACUAACCCCUAGUCUCUCCACCCUCUCUCUCUCUCUCUCUCUCUCUCUCUCUCUCUCUCUCUCUCUCUCCUCUCUCCUCCUCUCUCUCUCUCUCUCUCUCUCUCUCUCCCUCUCUCUCUCCCCUCUCUCUCUCCCCUCUCUCUCCCUCUCUCUCGUCCCUCUCUCUCCUCUCCUCUCUCUGUCUCUCCCCCCUCUCUCUGUCUCUCCCCCUCUCUCACUCUCUCUCCCCAGAGGCGUCUGGGAGAUGCAGCUAAGAAGGCCAUCAGUAAACUGCAGGUCAGGACCAUCAGGAAAGGAGACCAGGAGACCGAGUCAGACUUUGAUAACUGUGCCGUGUGUAUCGAGGGCUACAAGCCAAACGAUGUGGUCAGGAUACUACCCUGCAGGUAAAUAAGACUGUUAGAAACCCUCAAAGGGAUACUUGGGGAUCUUGGCAAUGAGGCCCUUCUCCAGAGUCAUAUUAACAUUUUACAUUUUAGUCAUUUUAGCAGACGCUCUUAUCCAGAGCGACUUACAGUUAGUGAUUGCAUACAUUAUUAUAUAUAUAUAUAUAUUAUUUUUUUUCUUCAUUUUAUUUAUUUCAUACUGGCCCCCCCUGUUGGAAUCAAACCCACAACCCUGGCGUUGCAAACGCCAUGAUCUACCAACUGAGCUACAUCCCUGCCGGCCAUUCCCUCCCCUACCCUGGACGACGCUGGGCCAAUUGUGCGCCGCCCCCAUGGGUCUCAAAUGAACCUGUGGAUACCAUUUUUAUGUCUCUGUGUCCAUCCAGUAUGAAGGAAGUUGAGGUAGUUUUGAGAUCAAAUUGCGCUAACGCUAGUUAGUAACUUCCUUCAAACCGCACGCAGAGACAUAAACAUGGUGUCCACGAGUUCAUCUGACUCUGGGGAAGUAUUGCUAAAUAUAAUUUUGUAUUAUAUACACUACCAGUCAAAAGUUUUAGAACACCUACUCAUUCAAAGGUUUUUCUCUAUUUUUACUGUUUUCUACAUUGUAGAAUAAUAGUGAAGACAUCAGAACUAUGAAAUAACACAUAUGGAAUCAUGUAGUUACCAAAAAAAGUGUUAAACAAAUCAAAAUAUAUUUUAUAUUUGAGAUUCUUCAAAUAGCCACCCUUCGCCUUGAUGACAGCUUUGCACACUCUUGGCAUUCUCUCAACCAGCUUCAUGAGGUAGUCACCUGAAUGUCCAAACAUUUGACUGGUAGUGUGUAUUUUUUUCAAAACUUGGGGGUGGCAAAUAAAACCACCCGCGGGCCAAAUUUGGCUCGCAGGCCGCCAGUUGGGGAACCCUGUACUAAAGGGUAAAAAAAUAAGUAUUGAGCAAAACUUCUUUGUAGGGAAUCUGUGAUGUCAUCGGCCUCCCCCGCUUGCUUGAGGAACAAUAGAGGAGCAAUAGAGGAAAGCCCCUCCCCCUUGUGUGAUGUCAUGACUUACCUGGACCACCUAUUGAGGUGUGCCUUUUUGUUAAGUAAAUCAGGUGUUAAACGAGGUUGAAAGGAGACUGGCUUGCCGCUUUAAUACACCUGUUAUGACCCAUUCGUAAGCCCUUUUAGAAACACUUGAUACCCUGCUGGUAAACCCACCCCGGCACUCAUGUUCUAAACAACCCGUUAUAAACAUGUUACAGACCCGUUAUAAACAUGUUACAGACCCGUUAUAAACAUGUAACAGACCCGUUAUAAACAUGUUACAGAGCCGUUAUAAACAUGUUACAGACCCGUUAUAAACAUGUUACGGACCCGUUAUAAACAUGUUACAGACCCGUUAUAAACAUGUUACAGACCCGUUAUAAACAUGUUACAGACCCGUUAUAAACAUGUUACAGACCCGUUAUAAACAUGUUACAGACCCGUUAUAAACAUGUUACAGACCCGUUAUAAACAUGUUACGGACCCGUUAUAAACAUGUUACAGACCCAUUAUAAACAUGUUACAGACCCGUUAUAACCAUGUAACAGACCCGUUAUAAACUGUUUCUUUCUCCUGUCAGACAUCUGUUCCAUAAGAACUGUGUGGACCCCUGGCUGCUGGAUCACAGGACCUGCCCAAUGUGCAAGAUCAACAUCCUCAAAGCCCUGGGAAUCGCUGUGAGUCAUUUACGAAUCAUUUAUGAUUCAAUUACAGAGUUAUCAAAGUCACUCAUUCAUACGAAUCGAAAGCUGCUUUUUGGUCACCAUCAGAAUUGUAUUGAAUCAAAUCCAUCCAAACUUCACUCCCUCGCACCAACACGAUUUAAUAUGUUUGAACUGAACCCACAUAUAUACUGAACUGUUUCUCUCUCUACUCUUUCUCUGCUCUCUCUCCUUCCUUUCCUCUCGUCUCUCUCCCCCCUCUCUUUCGUCUCUCUCCCCCUCUCGUCUCUCUCCCCCUCCCUCUCGUCUCUCCCUCUCUCUCGUCUCUCCCCCCCCCUCUCGUCUCUCUCUCGUCUCUCUCUCCCCCUCUCUCGUCUCUCUCUCCUUCUCGUCUCUCUCCCUCCCUCUCUCUCGUCUCUCUCUCUCUCCCCCUCUCUCGUCUCUCUCUCUUCUCGUCUCUCUCCCUCCCUCUCUCUCGUCUCUCUCUCUCUCCUCUCCCCUCUCUCUCGUCUCUCUCCUCCCUCUCUCGUCUCUCUCCUCCCCCUCUCUCGUCUCUCUCCCCCCCUCGCUCUCUCCCCCUCUCUCGUCUCCCCCCCCCUUGUGUCUCUCCCCCCCUUGUCUCUCUCCCCCCUCUCUCGUCUCUCUCCCCCCUCUCUCGUCUCUCUCGUCUCUCCCCCCCCCUCUCUCAUCUCUCCAGUUAAAUGCAGACUGUCUGGAUGACCUGCCCUUGGACUAUGAGAUGCUGGGUGUGGGUGGGGGGGUCGGGGUGGAGGGUCUGGCCCUGGAGGCUGUGGUGUCGGAAGGGUCCAGUGACGGGACCCUCAGUGAGGGGGGCUCGGUGGUUCUAGAUCCGGGGAUGCGGAGGAUGGGGCUACCACAAGACUACCACGACCCAGACCCUCUGAGGGAUAGUCCCAUUACAGUAACUACUGACACACUCACUGGUGAGAUUACACACACACACACACACACACACACACACACACACACACUGGUGAGACUACACACACACUGGUGAGACUACACACACACACACACACACACUGGUGAGACUACACACACACUGGUGAGACUACACACCACACACACACACACACACACACAUACACACACACACUGGUGAGAGAGAAAGGGUGGGGAGUUUGAUGGAGAGAGAGAAAGGGUGGGGAGUUUGAUGGAUGAGAGAGAAAGGGUGGGGAGUUUGAUGGAGAGAGAGAAAGGGUGGGGAGUUGAUUGGAUAGAGCAAAGGGUGGGGAGUUUGAUGGUGAGAGAGAAAGGGUGGGGAGUUUGAUGGUGAGAGAGAAAGGGUGGGGAGUUUGAUGGUGAGAGAGAAAGGGUGGGGAGUUUGAUGGUGAGUGGGGGAUUUGAUAGCGAGAGGGGUGGGGAGUUUGAUGGUGAGAGAGGGUGGGGAUUUGAUGUGCGGAGAGGGGGGAUUUGAUGGUUAGCCGAGAGGGUGGGGUUUGCAUGGUGCGAGGGUGGGGAGUUUGCUGGUGAGCGGAAAGGGUGGGGAGUUUUCUGGUGACGAGCGAAAGGUUUUGGGGGGUUGCUUGUGGCGAUGCACCAAGGGUGGGGUUUGUGUGGCCUGGCUUUCUUGGGAAGGUGGGGAGUUUGAUGGAAGUAGUAGAAGUAUUGACUCUACACACACAGCACUCAUAGUGGCACCUGGUGGCAACUCUGAUUAAUUACACCCUCAUCCCUCAUCCCUCUCUCAUCCCUCAUCCCUCUCUCAUCUCCCCUCUCUCCCUACCCCCCCUCUCUCUCCCUCUCAUCUCUCCUCUCUCAUCUCCCCCCUCUCUCCCCCUCUCUCAUCUCCCCCCUCUCUCUCCCUCCUCAUCUCCCCCCUCUCUCUCAUCUCCCCUCUCUCCCUCCCCCCCUCUCAUCUCCCCCUCUCCUCUCUCUACCCCCUCUCUCAUCUCCCCCCCCUCUCUUCAUCUCCCCCCUCUCCUCUCCCUCUCUCUCCCCCCCUUCUCUCAUCUCCCCUCUCCUCCCUACCCCCCUUCUCUCCUAUCUCCCCUCUCCUCCCUACCCCCCUCUCUCAUCUCCCCCCCUCUCUCUCCCUCUCUCAUCUCCCCCCCUCUCUCUCAUCUCCCCUCUCUCCCUACCCCCCCUCUCAUCUCCCCCCCUCUCUCUCAUCUCCCCUCUCUCCCUACCCCCCUCUCUCAUCUCCCCCCUCUCCCUACCCCCCUCUCUCAUCUCCCCCCUCUCUCUCCCUCUCAUCUCCCCCCUCUCUCUCAUCUCCCCCCUCUCUCUCAUCUCCCCUCUCUCCCUACCCCCCUCUCUCAUCUCCCCCCUCUCUCAUCUCCCCUCUCUCUACCAACCCCCCCCUCUCUCUCCCACUCAUCUCCCCUCUCUCCCUACCCCCUCUCUCAUCUCCCCCCUCUCUCUCCCUCUCUCAUCUCCCCCCUCUCUCAUCUCCCCCCUCUCGCUCCCUACCCCCCCCUCAUCUCCCCCCUCUCUCUCUCUCUCCCCCGCUCACUCUCUCUAGGGGAACUCCAGCCCAUGACCAGCAGUGCAUCCCUGGUGCUCGCCGUGGAAACAGGACUGUCGGACGAAGACCUGUCACUGGGACAACCAACCCCUACUGGGGACAACAAGUCCUGA